AAUAUGUGUAAUGUUAAUUCAUGGGUGCUGUCGUAUAUCUUCUUCGUUUUCAAGUCCAUUCACUAACAUUGACAUAACCUUUUUCCUUUUUUUCACAAAUAUUAAUAUCCACGCAUAGGGUUUAUCAAUUUAGUAUUUUUUAGGGGUUGAUACGAUUUAAUCAUGUCAAAAGGAUACAGAGAUGAGGAUUAUGAACAGGGGUAUCAAGAUUUUACAUACGAAGAUGGAUCAUCUCAUACAGGAGAUCCGGCUUUGGAUGAAUACAGUAGACAGCACUUUAAAAUGCCAGAAACUGUGAAAAACUUCUUGGUAUACUUUCGUUAUAAUAUUAACGAAUGUUUCGUUUUCGAGCUACAAACUCUUUAUGAGCACACUUGGCCAAAACUUACAGAAGACUAUUUUGAAAAGAGACCCUGGCCUGAGGAGUCAGAAGUUAUUGCUAUUAUCGAUAGUGAUCCAGUAUUUAUGAUAUUAUACAAAGAACUAUACUUCCGUCACAUUUACGCUCGCAUUCAAGGAGGUCCAACUUUGGAACAAAGGUUUAAUUCCUUUUAUAAUUAUUGUGAUCUUUUCAACUACAUUCUUAGUGCUGAAGAACCAGUACCACUUGAAUUACCCGAUUUGUGGCUAUGGGAACUGAUCGACGAAUUUGUAUAUCAAUUUCAAUCGUUUGCGCAAUACAGAGCUCGUUUGCAAAAUAAAAAACAAUUGGAGCUGGAGACUCUAAAUUCCAAUAAUAAAGUUUGGAAUGUACUUUGCGUUCUGAACGUUUUACAUUCUUUGGUUGAUAAGAGUAAUAUAAAACAGCAGCUGGAAGUGUACGCUAGUGGUGGUGAUCCAGAUUCAGUUUCUGGUGAAUUUGGUAGUCAUUCUCUAUAUAAAAUGUUGGGGUAUUUCUCUUUAGUAGGUCUAUUACGACUUCACUCUUUAUUAGGCGACUACUAUCAAGCUAUCAAAGUUUUGGAGAACAUUGAAGUGCAUAAGAAGUCUCAAUAUGCUCACAUACCAGCUUGUCAAAUAUCAACAUCUUAUUAUGUUGGAUUUGCUUACAUGAUGAUGCGGCGAUAUUCUGAUGCGAUCAGAACAUUUUCUUCUAUUCUUUUGUACAUUCAACGUACCAAACAACUUUUUGCAUCUAAAACCUAUCAGCACGAUCAAAUUAACAAGCAAACUGAUCAGAUGUAUCACCUAUUGGCUAUUUGCUUGGUAUUACAUCCUCAAUGUGUCGAUGAAUCCAUCCAGCAGACUUUAAGAGAAAAAAGUUAUCACGAAAAAAUGUACAAAAUGCAAUAUGGAGAUUUGCAGGAAUUUGAAAACAGCUUCGUUUUUGCUUGUCCCAAAUUUUUAUCUCCUUAUCCACCUCCAAUAGAUUCUAUUUCUGGUGAUUAUUCUAAAGAGGCUAUCCAUCAUCAAACUGCGGUGUUUAUGGACGAAGUUGCCCAACAAAAAAUGUUGCCUACCAUAAGAAGUUAUUUGAAAUUGUACACGACUCUACCUUUAAGUAAAUUAGCUACUUUUAUGGCACAAAACAGUAGAAAUAAUGAGACAACUAGGGACUUGGAUAAGGAAAUUGAAACGUUACUUAUACAUUUACUAUGUUUCAAGCAUAAAAUGAAGAAUGUUGUAUGGUCUAAAGGGGCUUCCGGUUUGGAAGGGAAAUUCCAAAGUGGAUCUGAGCUUGAUUUUUAUAUUGACAACAACAUGAUCCAUAUUGCUGACACCAAAGUGGCACAUAGAUAUGGAGAUUUCUUCAUCAGAAAAAUUUUGAAAUUUGAAGAUAUCAACAGGAAACUUCAUCAAUUGAAACUUUGAAUUUUACACUUGUAAAUGACUUUAAAAUUUUUAAUAAAACAUUCAACAUUU